CCGAGUAAGUAAUUGUCAUUAGUAAAGUACCUAUUAUACAAACUUGCUAUGAACAUAGAACUCAAAACUCGAAAAGUGUCUUAGAGAUUAAAUUUUGGCGCAAAGACCAAAAUGUAAACAGAAGGAAUCGCAUAAAAAUGGUUUUAUUUAAAGCAAUGUUUACCUGAAGAAUGCUUUUAAUAUGCAUCUUGGAAAGAUAAUCAUUAACCAUUACAUAAAACGGUUUGCAUCGUUUUGAUUAGAUGUUUACCACUAUUACAAAACAAAAAUGUCGUGCAAUUACGCUGAGGGACUCUCCCCAUACGAACACAAAGGAGUUCUCGGACUUCCAGAAAAAUUUGACUCAAUUGAAAAGUUGAAAGAAAAGUGUCAAAUACUGGCAAAUUUAAUUAAAGAAAGUAAACAUGUUGUGGUACACACUGGAGCUGGCAUUAGCACAUCUGCAGGAAUACCUGAUUUUAGAGGGCCAAAUGGUGUUUGGACACUUGAGAAAGAGGGGAAAAGGCCAAACAUCAAUGUUUCUUUUACUGAUGCUAAACCAACCAAGACUCAUAUGAUACUAAAGAAGUUAGUGGACUCCAACAAAGUCCAGUACAUUGUCAGUCAGAAUAUAGAUGGCUUACAUUUGAAGUCAGGUUUGCCACGAAGAUAUUUGUCUGAACUACAUGGAAAUAUGUUUAUUGAUGAAUGUAAUCUUUGUAAAAGGCAGUUUGUGAGGAACUCACCAGUUGAGACAGUCGGUAAAAAGUGCAGCGGUGUUCCAUGUGCUGCUGGGCAUGGUGGUGGCAGACCUUGUCGUGGAAGACUGUAUGAUGGAGUGUUGGAUUGGGAGCAUAGCCUGCCAGAGAAUGAUUUGUUGGCAGCAGAAUGGCAUUCUAGUGUUGCAGACCUGAGUAUAUGUUUGGGAACAACACUUCAAAUCAUUCCGAGUGGUAACCUACCUUUAGAAACAGUAAAGUAUGGAGGAAAACUAGUCAUAUGUAACUUGCAACCGACUAAACAUGACAACAAAGCAGAUUUAGUAAUCAACUAUUAUGUGGAUGAUAUAUUAGAAAAUGUGAUGCAAAUUCUAGGAUAUGAGAUUCCCACCUAUAGUGAAGAAAAUGAUUUUACAAAACUUGCCGCACAUUCCAUCAUCGACUGGACUAUAAAUAGAAAAGACAUUCUAGCUUUGGAAAAAGUGUUUAAGAUUAAGUGCAAGGGGGUUAAAAAACAACGCGUUCUUAUCAAGAAACGAAGAAAUAGUACUGAUGAAGCAAAUAGUUUUAUUCUCGAUGAUAAGUCAAAAGUUGUGAAGAUAGAAAUAAAGCAUGAAGUGAAAAAUGAUAUAACUUGAUAAUGUAAAUGCUGAAUUAAACUUAUGAUAAAUGC